UUUAAUGGAACCUUCUCAGAUUCUGGUUCUUCUGCUAUUUGUGGCUUAACAGUGGCUGGUGAUAUUUCUCUUCACUGGGAUACUUCAUCUUCUUAUCAAGGGUUUGGCUCUCUACAAAGCUGUUGUUUUGGAUGGAGGCUUCUCAGGAUUUUCUACAGUUGCUCAACCGUGACUUAUCGUUGAAAAUUUUCUCGUAUUUGUAUGAACCAGCUGAUGUUUUUCUUGCUAGUUCUGUUUCGCAUUCUUGGCGCAAAUUUGUGAUUGCAAAUGGAGUCUCUAAGAGUCUUAGCUUAAGAUGCUGUCCAGAAACAUCAUGUGCUAUAAAAGCCAUUGAAGAUGACGAUAUAAUAGAGCCUUUGGAAGUCGAGACCAACGGUAGUGUGGAAAUGGAGAAGUUGAAGAAAAACCAUCGAGUCUAUGCCUUCCUAGCACGACGUCUACAUUACUAUGUGACAAGGGAUUGCAUUUCGGAGGCUAUAUGUGCGUCUAGUACAAAUAAUUAUCUGAAAGAAAAUAUUCACAAUACUUUAGUACUUAAUGGGGGGACUUCUUACUGGUCAAGUAGAGGAGAGAUUAGUCCUGAUGUGCCUGAGACAUUGACCUAUAAAUUGGUACCGGAGUUGCGUUUUAUUACUAAGAUCAGAAUCCAUCUAAUCCAAGCUUUGGUCCAGGCUGUGCGAUUUCGAAUGUGCCAUUUUAGGGAACCAGAACGAGAGGCUGAUCUUGCAGGUGACUAUGAGCCAUAUCCUACAUCCUUUUGAGGAUCACCUUGUAUGGACAUACACCUCAGAAAAGUUUCCACUGGUUCACGUAUGGUCAGUUCCAGUAUCCAUGAAAUGUAUCAGCCUCUUCCUUUUACCCAUUAUGGAAACGGAUUGAUGGUAUAAUUGAGAGCAGAUUGUAUCUGGAUUCCCCAAGAUUUAACAACUUUGACGGAAUUUGCCAUUGGCAGAAAAAUUGCUUAGGAACGUUCAGUUUACCAGAACCUGUCCCUGGCUCCCUGCCAUUGGUGGAUAUUUGCAAGUUGGAUUUUUGGGUCGGCUUCCUGGCUUCUUAUGUGUGUCCGAAGUCGAAGUCUUGGGACGCGCACUCACAGGUGAUUACAUUCUUGAGCCGAUGGACCAUUUUGGGAAAUACUCGCUGAAAUAUAAACCAGUUAAAGCUACUGGUGGCAAAUAUUAUGAAUGGGGAGAGUCUGGGCGAUGCUGUCAGUGAUGAAACUGUGAUUGAUUUUGUGUGUGCUUAUGAUGACAGACACUCUUCUUACCUUACACCUUGUCUCUGUUAGUAAAUUAGUAUGCUGUAUUAUUUGUAACCUACUUCAAUGGUUAUCUGAAAAAACAAUCAACUUGGAAGAGUGAAACUCAACCUUCUUGUUGCUUACUAAUUACUAUGGGGAUCUUAGA